UUUUUUUUUCAUUUCCCCUUCUCUUCCUUCUUUGAAUCAUUUAUGCUUACACGGUUAUUCAAAUCCAUUCAAUCCAUUAUAUAUAAUCAACAGACUACUGACGACAACAAUCAACCAUCUAUGACAGUAUCACCUCCAUCUCCUACAAUUGGACAAACUCUUUCUGACGAGAAUGAAAAUAAUGAUCCCAUACCACCAAUAUCCAUCCUUAUGAUCGAAGAAACAGGUUCACCAAUACCAUCAGAUACAUCGAUAUCAGCCUUAUUAAGUACAACAGAACUUGAAGAACAGGAUAACCUUGUGGAUCAACAUGAUACUUGUUUAGAUAUCAAUAGUACACCACCAGUGACAAGUUCCACUACUCUUGCUUUGGAAGUCGUACCUACCCCCUCUACAUCUACAACAUCCAGUCUAGGAAGUGAUAGUUCACUGAAGAAAAGACGUAUAUUAUCCACCUAUGAUGCUUAUGCCGGUUAUGAUCAGGUUCAACCAACAAAAUCUCGAAAUAAACGAUCAAAACGUGUCAAAAAAGCCGAUCCUGAAUGCAUUGUCUUUGAUAAUGUUGUUGUAUCUUAUACCCAAAAAACAAUGCCCAAGGAUAUGGAAAAGUACUACUACCAACGAUAUUCUUAUUUCUCUAAAUACGAUGAUGGUAUUCUGAUGGAUCGAGAGGGAUGGUUUUCGGUUACUCCAGAAUCGAUUGCUCGACAUAUAGCUCAAAGGUGUCAAUCUGAUGUCAUUAUCGAUGCGUUUUGUGGUUGUGGCGGAAACACAAUUCAAUUCGCAUUGACCUGUGAACGUGUUAUUGCUAUAGAUAUUGAUCCUGUCAAAUUAAAGUGUGCUCAACAUAAUGCCAAGAUUUAUGGAGUAGAAGAUAGAAUUGAAUUCAUCUUGGGAAGUUUUUAUGAUUUGGCUCCUUUUCUCAAGGCUGAUGUUGUAUUUUUAUCUCCUCCUUGGGGUGGACCUUCAUAUCUACAAGAAAAAGUGUAUAAUCUCAAGACUAUGAUGCCUGGAAAUGGAAUGUCGAUCUUCAAACUUGCGGCAAAAAUCACACCCAAUGUCGCCUUUUUUGUACCUAGAAAUACCAAUCCCAAUCAAUUAGCUUUAUUAGCGGGUCAUGGACGGUUUUGUGAAAUAGAACGUAAUUAUCUACGUGGAAAUCUUAAGGCACUUACAGCGUACUAUGGUGAUGACCUACCAAAUUGGACUGCGUUGGAUGAUAUCAUGGCAAAUCGUCAACAACAAUAAAGAACAGGAGUGAUGCUGGACAUACCAACCUAGUUUGAUCGACUUUUUAUCCUAUUAUAGUAUUGUGUAUAUUAGC